CAUGGUGUUCCAGCGAUACGCAGGGUGGCUCCCAAUCCGCUCGGCAGGUCUGACAAGCCAUUAAAAUGACAAAAUGGGGAGAAUGAUCCUCAGUUCCAUGAUCCAGCACGUGCUGUUCGCACUGCUCAGCGCCAGAGGCACUAUCAACGCUCUUCACGGGACUCCCGUUCGCCAGUGCUUCAGCGAAUGCACGUGCUUCAAAGGUGCAAAGUUUGUCAACUGCACGUCGGCAGGCCUCUCUGCCAUUCCGAGUGACAUUCCUCAAGACACGGAGCACGUGGAUUUUUCCAACAACAACAUCACCCGCAUCGGUCCCGGAACCAUGACCCUCCUGCGGAGGUUGCACAUCCUCGUGGUCAGAAACAGCAACGUGGCGCACAUCGCAGAGAGCGCCUUCCAGAACCUGGACAACUUGCGGAAGCUGGACAUGAGCGGCAACAGAAUACAAGACCUCCCGAAUGGAUUCUGCUAUGGCCUGUCCGAAUUGACCGAACUGAAAUUCACCGACAAUGAAAUUAUGAACGUAUCGUACGCGCAGUUUCAUUGUCUGGGACAGCUGGAAAAUCUCAAAUUGGACAACAACAAGAUAGCACACGUUGAAGUGGGUGCCUUCCGUAGUCUGACUCGACUUCGCCACAUGAAUCUCAACAACAACUACCUGGAGGUGCUCACAGAUGGGAUGUUCUCGAUGCUGCAGCACUUGGAGGUCCUUGAACUUCAGAACAACAGCAUUUCCACAAUCGAGCCCACCGCCUUUGUGUCUCUGCGCAGCUUGAUCAUUUUGGAUUUGAGCCACAAUAACAUGAGUGACAUAACAUUUAAGGUGUUCGUGAACAUCGACACGCAGGACACGCAGAUUCAGCUGUCCCACAAUCCCUGGGCGUGCGACUGCGAGCUGCAGCGAGUGUUCAACAAACUGGAGCAGGUGCGUCGCCUGGCCAUCGAGGACUAUGGCCAUGUCGAGUGCCACUGGCCCCCGUCGUUGCAGAACAGGACGCUGGCCAGCAUGGACAGUCAGCUGUGCGUCGCCGAGACGGCCACAAUGCUCAUCAUAACCAUCACCGUCGCCGUCGCCAUCGUCGCCGCCAUCGUCGUGGCUGAGCGCAACCGCAAGAAGCGCACGGGCAAGCAUUGGACGGAAGACAACGAUAUGCCCUGAGUGGACAUCCCCAA